AUGAAUGCAGCUAUUUACCAAAUUCAACUUAAUAAAGAAAGGAAAAGUAGUGAGAUCCAAAUUCAACUUAAUGAAAAGGAGCUAUCCAAAUAUAGAAAAGAGAACAUAAUCCUAAAAAAUGAAAUUGAGUCACUUAAAGAAGAAAUAGAUCGCUUUAACGGCAUAAUAAAGAAUAAUAACUUUAAAUAUCUAUUUCAGUAA